UAGGUCAGCAAAGUCAGCCUCUUCUCUCUCUUUCUCCCUUGCUCUCUCUUGGAUCCACACAUUCCAUACAUCGGCCCUAUAUAGUACGCUUGUACUUUAAAAAUAGUACUUGAGCUUCGAGUUCAUCAUUGUUUGGCCAAACCAAAACUCUCUCUCUCUCUCCAUAUAUAUAUUGGAACUUGAUUCUGGAGAAGCAUCAUCAGCUGUGUUUAUACUAGAAGCUUGGGUUUGGGAUCGAUCUGACCGAGUUGAAGGCCGGAUAGCUUAGCUGCAGGGAGAGGACGAUAAAAGCAUGAGAGGAUUUGAGAGGAGAGGUGUCCGGCAGUACAUCCGAUCGGACGAGCCGCGGAUGCGUUGGACGGAGGAGCUUCACCGGCAGUUCAUCGAGGCCGUGGACUGCCUCGGCGGCCAGGACGAGGCAACACCAAAGCGAAUUCUUCAGCUGAUGGGCACAAAGGGGGUCAGCAUAUCUCACAUCAAGAGCCAUCUUCAGAUGUAUAGGUCAAGCUCUAGCAACAACAACAACAACAAUAACCCACCCCACACGUCAGUGAAUCGUUGCCAUGAUCAUUGCAUCGAUGGCAACAACACAAGAACAGCGUCUUCAGACAGGAUCAACGCUCCCUCUAACGUCGUGUUUCGCCGCGGCCACCGCUCGACGUUGCCGCCGUGCCAAAUAACAUCGAUAGAAGAGGUUUCUAGGAGCUGGGAGGAGAGUAGCAAGCGGCUGCCAUGGAACUCCACCGGCAUGCUAAUUACACCAGAGAAGGCGACCGGUUGGUCACGUCACACCGUUGACAAGAUGCGCCAGAAGAAGCAGCUACCAGCAGCGGGGUGUGACCUAACAUUGUCGAUCAGCCGGUGUGGGGAGUCAGAAGCGACCAGUGACGCUGACAUCUCGAGCACGGCCACUGAGGAGGCCGCCGCGCUGGCAAGGGGUCGAGGUGCCGGUGGCCAGCGUCGCCCUGAGGCCGCCGCUGAUCUGAACCUUGACUUGAACCUCAACAUCGCCGUCUCAUCUUCUCGGCUCUGAUGUGUGAUCCAUGACCCCAUGUGUAAAUAUUAGAGCUGCAUUAUUGUACGUACUGUAUAUAUUUAGUCCCUGCAUCACAUAUUAGUAGUUGCUGAAAUGGAUGUAUUUCGGUGCUAGGUACAUCCGUUUGAGCGACAACUAAUAUGGAACGAAUGAAGUAUUGAUGUACGGCAGGUCAUCAUACUUGUUAUAACGUUGUUGCUAUGGUAGUUAUUUUUGCGGAAAAAAAACUACCAUAGCAACCACCGGCACCUAUCGGGCUAACUUUUUGGCCAAAUUGAUGAA